AUGGCGCUUAAAGUAUUUUGUGCAGCGUUUUUAUUGAUAUUUUGUAAUGUAGUGAAAGGAACUUCGAUUCUUGCACUCUUCUCGUCACUAUCCUACACUGAUCAUCUAGUCUUUAGAGGCUACAUAUCAAGACUAGCCUUGAGUGGACACGAUAUAAUCGUCAUGACUCCAUACCCUGGACAUUUCCAAUUCCCAGAGAUAGAGAAGAUUAUUGAACUCGACGUCAGCGAAGAAUCAGCGCCGUUCUGGGAUGAGUUCAAACUGUUAAUGACCAAUACUGACGACUACCAUCCCAGACAAAAGGCUAUAAAUGAAUUCGCAAUAAAACUGGCAAUAGCUCAGUUGAAGUCAAAACCAAUGAUGUCUCUAUUCAUCAAUCCGAACUUGAAAUAUUUCGACCUGGUUAUCACGGAAGCUGAUGUACCCCUGCUUUAUGCGGUAGCAGAAAAAUAUAAAGCUCCCCAUAUUGCGAUCACAGCAACUAGCGGCAGGAUCCAUCAAUAUGAAUCAAAGGGUAACCCCACCCAUCCGAUUUUGUACCCAGACGUGAACACUUUGAACUACAGGAAUCUGGGUCGAUGGCAAAAAAUUAUCGAAUUUUAUCGUCACUUUCAAACGAGAAAUGAAUAUUACAAUAACUACCUUCCACUUUGUGAACUGGCCGCUAAAAAGUUAUUUGGAUUAAAGAGAAGUCUUCUUGAAGUUGAAAACGAUAUUGACUUUCUGUUCGUAGCUGGAAACCCAGCUUUGAUUGGUAACCGACCAAGUGUUCCAGCUGUUGUGUACGUCGACCGUAUGCACAUUAAACCGAGGCUUAAGCUACCAAAGGACCUACAAAAUCUCUUAGAUUCUGCAACUAAGGGUGUCAUAUACUUUAGUGUGGGUGCAAUCCAAGAAGCAGAACAGCUAUCACCAUCUCUAUUACAAACGAUGGCAGAAGCUUUCGGCGAAAUUCCGUACACAGUGCUCUGGAGGAUUGGUGAUACGACGAUGCUUAAGAAACCUGAUAAUGUAUUUACUAAGUCUUGGUACCCCCAACAAGAAGUACUUGCUCAUCCCAAUGUCAAGGUCUUCAUAACGCACGGUGGCGCCCGGUCUUUAGAAGAAGCUGUAUUCUACAAAGUACCAAUUAUUGGCCUACCACUUGUCAAAUCUAGAAAAGUCUUCAUUAAUGAGAUUACGAGACAUGGGGCUGGAGAAAUUCUGGAUCCUUAUAACUUAGAUAAGGAAACUGUAAAAGCUACUAUAACUAAGGUAGCCUCGAAUGAGAAAUACAAAAAAGCGAUAUUGGUGUUGAACAGUGCGGUUUUCGAUCCCAUGGUUUCUGACCCAGACAAUGCUGUGUGGUGGACUGAAUAUCUAUUACGACACCGCAAUGUACGUCUCCUUCGUUCUCCAGGAGUUGGUGUAUCCUUCUUUGAAUACUAUCUUCUGGAUGUCGUCUGUUAUCUAUUUUUGAUUGCUUUUGUAACACUGUUUGGAACGUACGUAAUAAUACGAACUAUUUUAAAAAGAUUGCGCACUCGCUUCUCCCUGACGGGUGGAAUAGAAACAAAAGGAAAGUUUAAGGCGUUAUAA